UGGCCGCCGCCCGCUGCCGGUGCUACUAAGUGGCUGUCUGGGUACCCGGUCUUGGCGUACCUUCUCUGGCGGCUAGGUCUCCCGGUCCGUGGCGCAUGGGUCUCCUCCGAGGCGGGCUCCCAUGCGCUCGGGCCAUGGCGCGCCUGGGUGCUGUGCGCUCCCACUACUGCGCGCUGCUGCUGGCCGCGGCGCUUGCGGUCUGUGCCUUCUACUACCUAGGCUCGGGCCGGGAGACCUUCUCCAGCGCCACCAAGAGGCUGAAGGAGGCCCGCGCCGGGGUCCCCGCCGCGCCCUCGCCACCCGCGCCGGAACUGGCACGCGGUUCCUUGGCGCCGAUGCUGGGUGCCAAGGCCAAGAGCCUGGAGGUCGGUGGGACGGUGCCGGUGGACUACCACCUGCUGAUGAUGUUCACCAAGGCGGAACACAAUGCCGCGCUGCAGGCCAAGGCCCGCGUCGCGCUCCGCUCCCUGCUGCGUCUCGCCAAGUUCGAAGCUCACGAGGUGCUUAAUCUGCACUUCGUGAGCGAGGAGGCCAGCCGCGAGGUGGCCAAGGCCCUGUUGCGGGAGCUGCUGCCGCCUGCCGCCGGCUUCAAGUGCAAGGUCGUCUUUCACGAUGUUGCCGUGCUGACGGACAAGCUCUUCCCCAUCGUGGAGGCCAUGCAGAAGCACUUCAGUGCCGGCUCAGGGACCUACUACAGUGACUCCAUCUUCUUCCUCUCGGUGGCCAUGCACCAGAUCAUGCCCAAAGAAGAGGGGCCUGGAGUUGAAGAUCCCCACGGAGCACAUCAAAGCCCAGUGAAGAGUUUGAGUUCUGUUUGUGGGGCUGUGGUCAGGGAGCCAGUAUUGGAUGGUUUGGAAGAGGAGAAUGACAAUCUGGGGAGCAGCUCUGCAGCGGCUUUCAAGUCCCGGCACACUUACAAUAAGAUCCCGCGGAUAAUUCAGCUGGACCUAGACCUAAAGUACAAGACCAACAUCCGGGAAUUGUUUGAGGAGUUUGACAAUUUCCUGCCAGGCGCCAUCAUUGGCAUCGCAAGGGAGAUGCAGCCAGUGUAUAGGCAUACAUUCUGGCAGUUCCGCCAGGAGAACCCCAAGACCCGGGUUGGGGGCCCUCCCCCCGAGGGGCUCCCUGGCUUCAACAGUGGGGUGAUGCUGCUGAACCUGGAGGCCAUGCACCAGUCCCCUCUCUACAGCCGCCUAUUGGAGCCGGCGCAGGUGCAGCAGCUGGCCGACAAGUACCACUUCCGAGGUCACCUCGGCGACCAGGACUUCUUCACCAUGAUUGGCAUGGAACAUCCGGAGCUCUUCCAUGUGCUGGACUGUACCUGGAACCGGCAGCUUUGCACCUGGUGGAGGGACCACGGCUACAGUGACGUCUUCGAGGACUACUUCCGGUGCGACGGCCAUGUCAGGAUCUACCAUGGAAACUGCAACACCCCUAUCCCAGAAGUCUAGGUACAUCCUCACCUGCCAUGCCCUCGGGCCUCUGCCUCUGAAGGAAGGAAAAGGAUGCCUCUGGGACCAGAGGUGGUGUCUGAACCCCUUGAGAGACACUGCAGGGACACCCUUGUGAUCAGGUGCUGUAGCUCUUCCACCCCAUGGGUCACUGUCCUGAGGCCACCCAGUGACAAGGACUGGCCUGCAUGUUCUUGGUGCUUGGGGCCUUUCCCUUCCAGGGGGACAGGCAUCACAAAGGACACACACUCAGACAGCAUCCGGUGGGCUAGGAAACAGGUGUUUGAAGAGAAGGAAAGAAAGGAAACAGUGUCCUUUGCCUUCAGUCUCUGAGGAAUGGAAAUCCUUUUCGGAACCAGGCUUCCUUGGACCAAACAUAAAUUUAUUUUUAAAUUGAUAGGCUUCCAUUUUGCAAGAGAGCACAAACAGCACAGCCGCGGCUCCCAGUGAGCUCUGAACCAGUGGGCCAGGGUUUUCACAGCCGGCCCAGAGUUUAAGCAUCCACACAAAUGCCCACCUUCCACAUGUGCACCCCAGGAGGCUACAUGCUCAUGUUGCAUGCUGCAGGUGUAAAGAUUGCCACCUCUCUGGGGAGGGCCUUCAGCACCAGCAGUGGCCCACAUCAGAAAGCUGAUCUCAUUACUGUAGCCUUUACAGCUCUUACCGCCCAGCUGCACCACAGAACCUCAUUAUCCCUUAUUCAUGCAAGCCAGCUCCAGAUGACCAGGCUGUGCUGGGAAAUCAAAUCCUCCAUCAAAAGAACAGAGGUCGGCCCUCCCCAAGGACCUGCAGUGGAUUUGUCUGGACUGGGAAGACUCAUUCCCAAGGGGAGCCAAGCCUGCUCACGUGUAUCUGUGUGGCUUAGACGGGCUGUCGCUCGUAGAUUUAUAGGCAUUCUAGUCUCUGUUUUAAAAAAUCAUCCUCCUGACUUCCUCAUUGCACCAUGUCAGACCCUGGACCUUAGAAGAAAUUAAGAUAUUUCUUAAUUUCUUCUUACCUUAGAAGAAAUUAAAAUAUUUCUUAAUUUUUUCUUUUCAUGAGUUCCCUUGUAAGUAAGCUACAAACAGGAAACUCCUGGGGAUCCAGUUUGUAGAGUCCAGCUGAAUUCCUUGGGGAAGAAGGGUUGGAUUUUCAACAUACGUUAUUUCAAUUUUAUUUACUUUUUUAUUUCUUUUUGCCAUGAGUGAGAAUAGCUAAUAAAUAAUCUUUGAGAACA